AUGCAGCGCAUAGGGCUGUACUGCAAGGGCGACGUGUCUCGGAUGCGGAAUGCCGUCGCGUGGACAAUGAUGAUGCAAGGGAUGCCCAUCAUCUUCUACGGGACAGAGCACGGCUUCAACACGACUCAUCCACCUCAUUGGAAUGCCGGCUUCUCUACUACAACCCCAGGCUACUCCUUUCUGCAGGCGCUGAACAAUAUUCGAAAGGCCCUGAAGCUUCAUACCGCUACCAUGAAAGUGGAGUCUGUUCGCGCCAACCAGCUCGUCAUCAGCCGUCAUUCCGACACACAGGCUUUCAUCUUCCUGAACAACUAUGAGGACGGGCAUGGCCCGGUGGAGUAUGAGGUUGCUGGCAUCCUCCCCGAAACUCCAGCGGGAUGGGUCUGGGCGGAUGCGUUGCACGGCUACUCUGUGCCCGACCUCUCGGCAGGCGUGCUUCGCACGUCCACGGAUCCGGUGGUGCUAACUCUGGUCGAGCGCUUCUCCCUUCUGGAACGGGAUCCUGAGAAGGAGGCGAUUGUGGUGGAACGGCUUUGA